AUGUAUGAGGUGAAUGAAACUAGCUUUGUGCCUCAUACUCUGACUCAUAUGUCAGCACUUACUGCCCAGUCGACAACAGACGCUAUUAAUGCGACCCACUUCCCAUCAGCCUCCACGUUGAUUCAACGACCGGCCAUAAUGCAGCAGCAUCAGCAGCAGGAGCAUCCAACCAUUUCCCAUUCCUCUAUCGCCUCUCCUUUGGCCAAUCCUCACUGGCCAUCUCUGCCCACUAAUGCCACCAAUAUGAUCAAAUCCGAAGAUCCCAAUUGGCCUAUUCAUAGUCACUGGAAUGGAAGCACUCCAAGUAUAUCGUCAGCCAACCCCUACCAAAUCUCUAAUUUUCUUGACUCAAAUCACCCCCCAACACAACAGUAA